AUGAGGUUGAACCCAAAGAAAUGUGUUUUUGGAGUAACGGCUGGGAAGUUCUUGGGAUUCCUUAUUGAUGAAAGGGGAAUUGAGGCCAACCCUGACAAAGUACAAGCAGUAAUAGACAUGACGUCGCCGAAAUCAGUAAAGGAAAUCCAACGCCUAACUGGAUGUCUAGCGGCCCUGGGACGGUUCUUAUCAAGAGCAGGUGACAAGUGUCAUUAUUUCUUCGGCACGAUCAAGAAGAAGAGCAAAUUUGAAUGGACUGAAUCGGCAAAAACUGCCUUCGUCCGAUUAAAGGAACAUCUCCACACCUUACCACGGCUUGUCAGUCCUCUUCAAGGAGAAACUUUGUAUGUAUACCUGGCCAUCUCCGAGUGGUCCUUGAGUGUUGUGUUGUUAACAGAAAGAGAGGGAGUGCAACUCCCCGUCUAUUUUGUGAGCCACGUCCUGCAAAAUGUCGAACUGAGAUAUCCUCCAAUUGAGAAAUUUGCACUUGCGCUGUUUAUGGCAAGCAAAAAGCUGCGUCCCUACUUUCUGGCACACAAACUGGUGGUAUACACAGACCAACCCUUGAAACAGCCACUUACUAAGCUAGACGCUGCCGGGCGAAUGCUCAAAUGGGCAAUUGAGCUGAAUGCAUUUGAUAUCUCAUAUGAACCUCGAAAGGCUAUCAAGGGGCAAGCAUUUUCCCAUUUCAUUGCAGAAAUGACAAGGCCAACUUUUGAGAAGAAUGUGGCGACCCGUUGGACGGUAUAUGUAGAUGGGUCAUCCACCCAGAACGGAUGUGGAGCCGGCAUAAUAUGCCAAUCCCCUGAAGGAGACAAGUACGAGUAUGCCAUGAGAUUCAAAUUCCAAACAUCUAACAAUGAGGUUGAAUAUGAAGCUUUACUAAAAAUGUGCAAAGCUGCCGGAGCUCAAGAAAUACUUGCCAUUUCUGACUCACAGCUUAUUGUAAGUCAAGUAAACGGGGACUACGAGGCAAGAGAUCCCAACAUGAUCAAAUACAUGCAAGCUGUGCGUCAAGAAAUAGAACAUUUGAAGAGUUUCGAAACUAAGCAGAUUCCCAGAACAGAGAACAAUCAGGCUGAUGCCCUGUCUAAACUAGCUAGCUCAGCUUCCUGUGAUACUCCGCGUCAUGUGUUUUGGGAAGUGAAAGAAAGACGAAGCAUCGAACAAGAGUUGUGCGCUCCUGUGGUAGCUAUCCUUGACCGGUCGUCAACUUGGAUGGACCCUAUCAUUGCAUAUAAAGUAGACGUCUCGCUUCCAGACGACUCAAGUCUAGCCGCCAAAAUUCAGAAGAAAAGUUCUUGGUUUGAAUGGUGGAAUGGAGUUUUGUAUAAGAAGUCAUUUUCCAGACCCCUCCUGUGGUGCGUCACUCUUGAGAAAGGGAAAGAAAUUCUGGACGACCUGCAUCAGGGAUUAUGUAGCUCCCAUAUUGGAGGACGAGCUUUAGCUGAAAAUGCCCUGCAAACUUGGUAUUACUGGCCCACUUUGAGAGAAGACGCCCUGGCCAUGGUGCAGAAGUGUGACAAGUGCCAACGAUUUGCUCAUCUCAUUCACAGGCCGGCUCACCCUCUCACCCCUAUCAUGAGCCCCAUUCCAUUUGCCAAGUGGGGAAUGGACUUUUUAGGACCAUAUACAGCAGCCCCUGGAGGCCGGCGCUACGUAAUUGUAGCCGUUGACUACUUCACCAAGUGGGUGGAAGCAGAAUCCCUCAAGAAUAUAAGGACUAGUGAUGUAAGGGCGUUUAUCUGGAAAAAUAUUAUGAAUCGCUUCGGAAUACCACAAGCUAUCGUCUUUGACAAUGGGCCUCAGUUUGAGACGCCUAAGCUGAAGGAAUGGUUAGCAGACCACGGCAUACACAGCUGCUUUGCUUCUGUAGGACGACCUCAAGCCAAUGGCCAGGUCGAAGCAUUUAACGAGAUAAUCUCCGAGGGGAUCAAAAAGAAGCUGGACGAAGCUAAGGGCCUAUAG